AAACUCCAAACUUCUCAGGAAAAACCUAGCAGUAGAUCUGACGAAAUGGCGACGGCGUUGAAGAAGAACAGGAAGAAGAGGGGUCACGUCAGCGCCGGUCACGGACGUAUCGGGAAGCACCGCAAGCAUCCAGGAGGUCGCGGUAACGCGGGAGGUAUGCAUCACCACCGUAUCCUCUUCGACAAGUACCAUCCAGGUUACUUCGGAAAGGUUGGUAUGAGGUACUUCCACAAGCUCCGCAACAAGUUCUACUGCCCCAUCGUCAACCUCGACAAGCUCUGGUCUCUCGUCCCCGAUGAUGUGAAGGCGAAGUCCACCAAAGACAAGGUGCCGAUGAUCGAUGUGACGCAGCACGGGUUCUUUAAGGUUCUUGGAAAAGGUCAUUUGCCUGAGGGCAAGCCUUUCGUUGUGAAGGCUAAGCUUAUCUCCAAGACUGCUGAGAAGAAGAUCAAGGAGGCUGGUGGCGCCGUCGUGCUCACUGCUUAAGUUAGGUCGAGUUUCUUUUUUUUUUUUUUUUUUUUUUUAAUUUCUGUCUUUUGGAAUCGUUUUUGUUGGACUCAAAGUUUGUUGCUUUUUGGAAUGAGAGAUCUUUUAAUUAAUAUUAAUGGAUUUUAUAAUAGUC